AUGAAGGCAGGGAAGUGGAACAUAUGGCCGUCGCACGAAUCCAAAACCUGUGUUGUAGCCGCCAUCAUGAAGUGGAUUCACUUUCAGCAUGACGACACACAUUUCGCUAAUGCACCGUCUUUCAUUCCGAGCUUCCGUGGUCACAUUCCAUCGCCAAGCGACGAUGGUGGUCGACGACGGCGGUCAUUAAACGACGAUGUCGGUUUUCAUCUGUCGGCUCGACAAAGCGAGGGAUGA